GUCUGCCUGCCGCCCUUGUAAUGAAAAAACUGGGAAGAAAGUUCGAAGUCAAAUUAGAAGAAAGAGCGUGAGAUAUAUACCAAACCUCAUAAAUUUCCGUCUCUCUCUAUUACUUUUAAAACCCAUGUUCUUAAAUUGAUCUCGAUCAGAUUCAGAACCCUUUUAUUUAUUAAUCUUCGCCCAUAUUUCUAUCUGAUCUAUCAUUAGUUUUUCACGAUAAUUUUUGAAAAGAAAGGAAAAUAUAUACUGUCAAGUGAUGAACUCGAAUUCUCCAUCAACGAGUGCGGGAGGACCUGGAUCGGCCGAUUCAACAGCGCCCAGAAGGAAUUCCAAGCGACCCAAAUAUUCAAGGUUUACACAACAAGAACUUCCAGCAUGCAAGCCUAUUCUGACACCUAAAUGGGUGAUUUCAGCUUUCUUACUUGUUAGCAUUGUCUUCAUUCCCAUUGGCCUUGUCUCGCUAUUUGAUUCCCAGGAUGUUGUUGAGAUUAUUGAUCGAUAUGAGACUGAUUGCAUUCCAUUAGAUUCAAGAAAUGAUAAGGUUGGAUUUAUUCAAAGUCCUCAAGAUAAAACCUGCCACAGAAAUCUGACGGUUCCAAAACUCAUGAAACGGCCCAUUUAUGUAUAUUAUCAGCUUGACAAUUUCUACCAAAAUCAUCGGAGAUAUGUGAAGAGCCGAAGUGAUCAGCAACUGAGAAAUCCAGGAGAUGAAGGUGACACAAGUGCCUGUGAGCCUGAAGACACUGCCCAUGGGAUGCCAAUUGUGCCUUGUGGUCUUAUAGCCUGGAGCCUGUUCAAUGAUACUUACAACUUCACACUCAAUAACCUACUGGUGACCAUAAACAAGACGGGUAUCUCGUGGAAGAGUGAUAAAGAUCACAAAAAUAUUCCUUUGAGUGAGCAGGAGGACCUUAUUGUUUGGAUGCGAACUGCAGCACUUCCAACUUUCAGAAAACUAUAUGGGAAAAUAGAGGUGGAUCUUCAGGCUGGCGAUGUCAUUAAUGUGGAAUUGCAAAAUAAUUAUAACACCUAUAGUUUCGAUGGCAAGAAGAAACUCGUCCUUUCUACCACCAGCUGGCUUGGAGGAAAGAAUGACUUUCUUGGUAUUGCAUAUCUUGUUGUGGGUGGAUUGUGCUUCUUUCUCUCCUUGGUUUUCACAAUUAUCUAUCUAGUUAAGCCAAGUAUUGAACAGUUGAGUGAGCAGGAGGACCUUAUUGUUUGGAUGCGAACUGCAGCACUUCCAACUUUCAGAAAACUAUAUGGGAAAAUAGAGGUGGAUCUUCAGGCUGGCGAUGUCAUUAAUGUGGAAUUGCAAAAUAAUUAUAACACCUAUAGUUUCGAUGGCAAGAAGAAACUCGUCCUUUCUACCACCAGCUGGCUUGGAGGAAAGAAUGACUUUCUUGGUAUUGCAUAUCUUGUUGUGGGUGGAUUGUGCUUCUUUCUCUCCUUGGUUUUCACAAUUAUCUAUCUAGUUAAGCCAAGGAAACUUGGAGAUCCGUCUUAUUUGUCGUGGAACCGCAACCCGGGAGGUCACUAAGCUUAGAGCCCGUGAACGAGCAUUCAGCUGGAUAUUUGGAACAUAAGCUUGUGCCUGUUAAUUAAGUUUGAAAAGGUGUAUGUAUAAACCUCAGUACAUGGUGCUCUAAAUGUUUCGGGCUAAUGUUUUGUAUUGAAAGUCGACAUAUUUGGGUGUAUAUUUGAUUAAGGUUUGCACAUAUAUGUUACAUUAUGAGCCGGGUUCUGUGUCCCUUUCUGCUAAUCAACGAGCCAGACGGUUCUUCCAA